GUCUACUUGUCAACAGUCAAGUGUCAGAUCAAGAGUUUAGAAAAUUGAUAUAAUGUUUUGAUAGCGAUAACUGUAAAACUGGAUAAUUAAAGGAUUAAAAUUUAUUGCAUAACAACAGUAUUAGCAUACAAAUGUUUAUAAUAAACGAUGCUCCAAUUUUGGAAGAAAUCAGGCCAUAAAGAGAAAAUUAAUAUUUCUCCUAUAAGAAAUGAUUCAAAUAGUCCUACACACUCAAGAUUUGACGAAAAUGCUUCAAAUAUUUAUGAAGAUCAAACAAAAAAUGUCAAUGUCAAUCUUUUAGAAGAUGAGGGCCUUUCUGACACAGAAGAAAGUGAUUUGGGAAAGGAUCAUUCUCGUUUAUCUAAAACUCUCCAAGAAGUGUUCAGUGAUAGGUCUGCAUUAGAUUACUUUGUACAAUUUCUUGAUUCGAAAGAUUGCUCCUCUUUGAUACAUUGCUGGUUAGAUAUUGAGGACUUUAAAGCAUGUGUAGAUAGAGAAAUUAGACAUAGAAAACGAAGGAAUGGGAAUGGCUGCAGUCAAAAAUUUUUGUCACCUGCACGAAGUAUUAAGAUAGACCAUGAUAGUUUAUCAGUAAGCACAGAUGGAGAUUCCUUCACGAUUGAUUCAUGUAGUUUGACUGAAUUUUCGUCAUUAGAAAAUAAACCAAAGAUAGAAGAAAUUAACUGCAGUCUUCAUGAUGAAAAUUGUAAAAAAAGCGAUUCUAAAUUAGAAAUAUUAAAUAUUUAUAAUCAUGACACAACAAAAAAAGAUGGAUCAUCCAGUAAUACUGACGAUCCACAGGACGAUCUAACAGAAACGGCUUUAAGAAUUUUUAAAAAGUAUAUUUCUUUAGAAGCCGAUGAAAACAUUAAUUGUUCUGAGGAUAUUCGAAAAGAUGUGAUAGAAAACAUAUGCACAACAGAAAAACUGGUAGACCCCGAUUGUUUUACAAGAGUACAGAAUUAUAUUUAUGAAAUGUUGGAUAAAGAAUAUUUUAACUCAUUUCUAAACAGCGAUUACUUUUGUAGACAUCAAAUAGAUGUACUUACAAGUGGCAAUGUUACACUAGAAGAUAUACUUUUUAACGAAACGGCACUAUUUUAUUUCAUGGAAUUCCUUGAACAAGAAAAUCAGCGACAUUUGCUUGAAUUCUGGAUUGCAGCAAGCAAUUUUCAACAGCAGUUGCGAGACCAGAAAGACUUUUUAGAUCCUGCAGAAGUACAGGGUGAUGCUGUGGUGCUGUAUGAUAAAUAUUUUUCACUUCAAGCUCAUUGUCCAUUGGGGUUCAGUGAUAAAGUCAGAUUAGCUGUAGAACAAAGUAUUUGUGGAGAAAAUGGUGUAAAUUAUGACUGUUUCCAUUUACCUCUGAAAAUAGUUGAGAAAUACUUGGAAAAGAACUACUUUAAAAAUUUCUUGUGCUCUCAGUUGUAUUACAAAUAUCUUUCAGAGCUUAUAAAUGCCGUUCAAAAUUCGUGUUCACAUGGUGCAAAUAAGCAUAAAAGAACUCCAUCAGAUUGCAGUAGUGAGAAAAGCUUUAGUACAACAACUACAUUUUUGGCGAUGGAAAACCCCAAUAAUAAGUGGAAAACUGAUAAAAAAGCUGCCGAUAUGAAUAUCGAUACAAGGCAGCUGUACGAUCCCGAUGCUUUAUGGAAACGACGAAAAAAACACAGGCUCUCUUUAGGAAGAGUAAACGCGUUAGGACGAUACGAACCUGAUUUUGAACCUGAUCCUGGAAAGAAAUCUGAAUCGAAAUUAAGAAAUGUGGUAAGAAAAUUUGUUAACUUAGACGAAGAUAAGCAGAAAGAAGAAAUGGCUUGGCAGGUCGCAGAAAUGAUUAUUAAAGACAUAACGAGUAUUACUCUUAAUGAACAAAAGCCUUCCUAGUCAUAAGAAGCAUUUUUAUUAAUUAUAUCUUCAUUUUUAAAUACGAACUUUAUUCUUAUAAAUAAGAAAGCAGAAUUAGUAUUUAUGAUAUAAGGAUAUUUAUAAUAGUGCUCUUUAUUUUUCAAAUAUUUACGGUUCUCUAUUAUUCAUUAAAGCAAUAGAUAAUUUAAUUAAAGAUAAUAAAUUGAUUUUAUACCAAUUGCUAGGCAAACUGAAUGAUCAAUUAUGUGGUUUUUUUAUUUUUGAUAUAUGUAAUGCACAAGUAUUAGUUAAUUAAUUUCUUCUUUUCUCAACUAAACACUUUUCAUUUCAAUAUAAGCCUCUUUUUAAA